GUAAAUGUACCGCCUUAGUUUUGGAACAGGGCUCAUCUCUUAUCGUCUCUUCUCUAGAUUCAAGCCAGUACCGAAGAUGGAUGGCGUUUCAGGGGAGAACUUCUCCGCCGGGGGGCAGCACACACCCAGCGCUGCAGAGCAGACGUUCAUCGCUCAAAGCCAGCACCAUCAGCAGUUCCUCGACGGGUCCAGAGCUCUGCCAGAGUUCGCUGAACUUGACCUCGGAGAGCCUGUGGAAGGCGUCGAACCGGAGGACGUCAAAGCCCUUCAGACGCUGUACAGAGAGCACU